ACUGGAUCACGGCAAGCAAACAUGUCUGCUAUUUCAUGACAGACAGCUGCGCCUAGUCGUCGAAUCAAAUGUCAAACAGUAGUUAUGCGGGAGUUAUUUAACUUUAGCAUCAUCCUAAUUAAUUAUUUCAAUUGUAUCUGGUGAUGUCUAUAGCUGUGUCAUUGUGUGUUAUCCAUAUCGAAUUGGGUGACGAGACAAAUUUGUCAACUAAAGGUGCUCUUGGCGCCAUGGCCGCCAAAAACAUUGAACUUAAUGCUCGUCGCGGUCGACGAGAAAUGCGUGACAUCACAGUUGAGACUUAUUCUCGUACUGGAGUAAAGCCUACACCAGUUCUUCCCAAAUCAUCUGCUUGGGAAACUGGACAGACGGCUAUAACUCUCUUCCCAUCGGCUCCAGCUAAUGAUGAUACACCCAGUUUUCCGCUUGCCAAACCCAAUGACUCAAUUGGUAAACAAUCACUUGCUAGUCAAUCCUCAGUAUCGGAGGAUGAUAUUCCACCUUCAAGGCGAUCUGUGGAUUUAGACGAAGCUGAUCCCAUGCUGCGAGGUGAACGUGACAGAGAAAGAGACCCGUCACUUAUAAAUUUUGUGUCAGGGAACCCCUUUGUUGAGGUCACCAAAGGCAUCCUUCAUUUAUACAAAGAAGACUCUUUAACAGACAUGGAAAGUGCUUCACAAUUGAGCCAAACUGUCUGUCUUCUGGCAGUACCAGCUACAAUGACAUGUCACGAUCUGCUAACAUUUACUGCUGCAUGCCAUGCAGGCAUACAGCAUGUUCGUGUUUUAAGAGAUGGUACACCUAAUCAGUACAUGGUUCUUAUCACCUUUCGUACCCAGCAAGCUGCAGCAGAAUUUUACAAGUCAUACAAUGGUGUUCCAUACAACACCCUUGAGCCAGAUGUUUGCUGCCAUCUGGUAUUUGUAUCAAAAGUUGAGUUAGUUAGGGAAGAUGUUCCACCACCCCACCAUACUGAACUUCCCACAUGCCCAGUGUGCUUAGAACGGAUGGAUGAGUCUGUGGAUGGAAUUCUCACAAUCCUUUGUAAUCAUGCUUUCCACACAAGCUGCCUGGCUAAGUGGGGUGACACUAGCUGCCCAGUCUGUCGAUAUGUUCAGACUCCUGAACUAGUAGCUGACAAUAGGUGUUUGGAAUGCCAUUCUGCCGAACAGCUAUGGAUAUGUCUUAUUUGUGGUCAUGUGGGAUGUGGGCGUUAUGUGAAGGGCCAUGCUUAUGAUCACUAUGAUGAAACUAAGCAUUGCUAUUCAAUGCAACUUGGAAGUAAUCGAGUUUGGGAUUAUGUUGGGGACAAUUUUGUUCAUCGCCUACUGCAAAAUAAAGGUGAUGGAAAGCUUGUGGAAGGAAGUGCUCCUGGGAAACAAGAUGUUUCUGAUGAGAAACUAGAUUCAGUUCAGUUAGAAUUCACAUACAUGCUGACAUCUCAGUUAGAUUCCCAACGCAUGUAUUUUGAAGAACAACUUGUUCGCCUAGAUCAGCAAACUUCAGCUGAGCGCACUGAACUUAAGGAAGAAGUUCAACAGCUCAGAGAAGAAAAUAAGGUGUUGCAAAGCAAAGUGUCAUCACUCACUAAAGAAAAGCAAAUGGUUGAGAAAAAGUUGCAGCAAUUUUCGGAACGAUUAGGUUCCACCCAAAAAGAGUUGCAGGAAGAAAAACAACUAAGUGGCGCAUUAACUCAAAAUCAAGGAGGAUGGCAAAAGAAAUUCACAGCCUUAGAAAGUCAGUUCCAUCAAUAUCAAACUGAAAAAGAUAAGGAAAUAAGUGAAUUAAAGGAACAACUCCGGGAUGUGAUGUUUUUCUUAGAGGCUCAGAAACAAAUUUCAGAAAGUGCAGAUCGUGAUGAAAUAGCCGGUGGGCGAGUGACUAUUGGUGAAGGUCCUCAGACUUCCACAUCAAAGUCUUCAAGACGAGGCAAAAAGCAAAGAUAGAUGAUUAAAAAAAAAUAAUUGCAAAAUCUGAAACUUUUUGUAAUGUGUGAAACCACUCUGUCUGCUAUUGAUUAUUAAGCACAUACGUUACUUCCUUCUACCCUGUUGUGUAGUUAAUUAGAUUAUCAGAAAAACAAAGGUUUAUUAAGUGAUUCAACUUCUACAUUAGCUUUUUGUUUUGAGUCUGUGGAAUGUUUUCCCAUAUCUAUCUAUAUAUAUUAAGUCAAGUGUUUAACAGCCAUUUAAUAAUACUAGAUGGUAGGUAACCAAAACAAUACAAAUCAUAUAUUCAUCUUGAUUUUUUACAGUUGGCUGUGAUGUGUGUGUGUGGUGUUUAUUCCUGUCUAUUUUCUUACUUUUCAGUACAUUGCGAUUGUGCAUUAAUUAUAUUAAGCCCUUGUUGUUUUUUUUAAAGAUCUUCAAGUUUAAAUAAAAGUAGUAAAAUAUG